AUGCCUGAAACAACCUGUGCAAAAGUAAAACGCCAUUGUGCUCCAUUUACCUAUGCUUUUACGCCUAGUCAUAUCAAAUCGGUUCUUGUUGGAACAGUCACUGAAUACGAAACACCGAAGAUUGUUACUAUACACUCGUACUCGAUUGCGUUAACAUGUCGAUUUGUCCAAUUACUUAUUCUAUUCUAUGCAUUCGGUUAUCUUAUGUGGUAUAAACGUGGUUAUCAAGAACGCGAUCCCUCACUGAUAUCGUCUGUCACGUUGAAAGUUAAAGGCGUAGCAAGUCUGUCACGAAAUCGAACAAUGACAUUAGACAAUGCGGAUUAUGUUAUACCACCUCAAGAAAACAAUGCUAUUUUUAUAAUGACUAAUUUUAUUCGUACAGAUCAACAACCGAGACGUUGCGGUGAAGGAUUCGAUAUAAAAGAUGCUAAAUGUACCAACGAUAGUCAAUGUGCUAAAUUUGGUCCAUACCCUUCAAAGAGUAAUGGACGUUGGACAGGAAAAUGUAAUUCAGAAGGUCGCUGUGAAAUCGAAGGCUGGUGUCCCGUGGAGAAUGAUCUCGAUAUGCCAAGUCCAAUGAUGGAUUCGUUAAAUUUUACUGUAUUUGUGAAAAAUUUCGUUGAAUUUACCCGUUUUAAUGUUUCCAGAACGAACAUAUUUCAUGAUUCAAAAGGUGAUAAAUCAUGUCACUAUCAUCCGAUUAACGAUAAAUACUGUCCAAUAUUUCGAGUAGAAGAUCUACUAAAUUUUGUCGAACCAGAUGCGGAAGAACGCGCUAAAAUGCUGCAGUUCGGCGCCGUUGUUCGGAUUAAAAUCGACUGGAUUUGUAAUUUAGAUUUAGGUGAAGAUGAAUGCAAACCCAAAUAUUCUUUUGGCCGUUUGGAUUCUCGAUAUAAAGAAGAAAAGUUUUCGUUCGGUUUUAAUUUUCGUUAUGCAUCGCACUGGAAAUGGCGAACAAAUUCCCAUCGCACACUGACUAAAGCAUUUGGUUUACGUUUGAUCGUUACUGUUAACGGUGAAGCUGGUCGAUUCGACUUUCUGGUUUUAACACUCAACAUAGGCUCAAUGAUUGGUGUCCUUGGUUUGGCGACAUUUAUAUGUGAUAUUGUUGCGCUAUAUUUUUGUAAACAAGGUUCGGUUUAUCGAAGACAAAAAUUUCAAACGAUUAGCCUCGCACAAUUACCACCACCGACCACAACAGUCUCAACGGCACCAUUAACAGCAGCGACACUUACGCAGAAACGAUCGUCCUCGAUGGAUGACAAGUAUCCGGUAUAUGCAGUACGAUUUAAGCGAAUGAAUAGUCAUUUGGCUGUAGGCGAUGAAUGUUAA